AUGUCGACAGUCCUCAUCACUGGCGCGAAUCGAGGCAUCGGCUUCGGCAUCGCACAGGCCGUUGCCAGUCGGAUUCCUUCCUCCACCAUCAUCCUCGGCUGCAGAAAGAUCGAGAAGGGCCAUGAGGCGAUUGGGCGUCUGCGAGAGCUGGGCGUUUCGUGCCCGCUGGAUGCCGUCCAGAUCGACAUUGAGGACAUCCAGAGCAUCACGGCGGCAGUCGAAGCUCUCGACAAGAACUACGGAAAGCUGGACGGUUCCCUCCAGCUGCCCAAGACUCAGCACCUCGCCGAGCUCAGGGAUUGCUCCAGCCGCAACUUCAGCAGCUGUGUCACGGCCAACAUUCUCGUGACCAAGGCCUUUGUCCCGCUGCUCAGGAAGAGCUCCUGGCCGAGAGUCAUCAUGACCUCCAGCGCCAGAGGAAGCCUUGGUCGCACAGCAAACAGAGAGCUUCCUCCGGUUGCUCUGAUCGACUAUUGUGUGUGCAAAGCGGCACUCAACAUGUUGACCCUGCACUACCAAAUGAUCGAGGUCAACUACCAGGAGGGCGGAGAGCGCAUCACCUUCUGGAGCGUCAGCCCCGGCCACACCAAGACGGCCUUCAACAACUACCGGGGAAAGAAGGAUCCCGUGGCCAGUGCCGAGGCGUUUGUGAGGCUGCUGGAAUCCGACAAGGGCGCAAUCAGGCCAGGAACGUUCUGGGAGCUUGAAGACGGCAACUUCCAAGAGGUGCCCUGGUGA